ACACAUAUAGCUAGCUACGGCACCAUUUCUAGAGUUGCAAUAGUCGAUCGGAGGAGAAUGGCACCCACCGGGAACGCUCCCGUGUCGUCGCCGAAGCUUGGAGCAGGAAGCAUCCCCGUUCCAUGGGAAGAGCUCCAGGGCUCCUGCUCGUGGGAAGGGCUCCUGGACCCGCUCGACGCCGACCUCCGUGCCUCCCUCAUCGCCUACGGCGAGCUCGCUGAGGCCGCGUACGACGGGUUCGACGCCGACGAGAAGUCGCCGCACGCCGGCUCGUGCAUGUACACCCAGGCCGGCCUGCUCGCCGCCUCCGGCGUGUCCCACCCCGAGUACUACACCGUCACCAAGUUCCUGCAAGCGACCUCGGAACCGCGUGGGCAGUCGCCGGAGUCGGAGUCGACGGCGAUAGGCAAGGCCUUGUUCGUGCAGCAGCCGGAGAAGCCAGGGCGGACCAACUGGAUCGGGUACGUGGCGGUGGCGACGGACGACGGUGUGAAGGCUCUGGGGCGGCGCGACAUCGUCGUGGCCUGGCGCGGCACCGUGAACAUCCUGGAGUAUCCCAAAGACGUGGAGUUCCGGUACAAGUCCGCCGCGCAGGUGCUGGCCGGCGAUUUCCCCGACGCAAUGGUCCGCUCUGGCAUCCUUGACGUGUACACCACGAACAACCCAGUUGAGAACCAUAUAAUGCCCAUGAUCGUAAGGAACAGCGCCAGAGAUCAGGUGCUGGCGGAAGUAAGGAAACAAGUGGAGGCGUACAAGGAAGAGAAGACCAGCAUCACCGUCACCGGCCACAGCCUCGGCGCCUCACUCGCCACCCUCAACGCCGUCGACAUUGUGGCCCACGGCUACAACGUCCCCGGCUCCAGAUCGGAGCAGACGCCAUGCCCGGUGACGGCGAUUCUGUUCGCGAGCCCGCACGUCGGGGAUGACAACUUUAAGUCCGCCUUCGCCUCCUUCGCUGAUCUCCGUGCCCUCCACGUGAGGAACGCCGGCGACAAGGUGCCGCCGGCAAACGAAAACAUGGACGUGGCCACCGUGGUUCUGCACAUCGACACGGACAGGUCGCCCUACCUCAACCUGCGCCCGAACGAUGACGUCACACGCCACAACCUCGAGUGUUACCUGCAUGGGCUUGCUGGGGACCAAGGUGAUGCCAAGGACUUCGAGAUGGUGGUGGACCGGGAUGUUGCGCUGGUGAACAAGAGUGCCGACGCGCUCAAAGACGACUACCCGGUGCCGGCAAACUGGUGGGCCAUUAAUCACAAGCACAAGGUCAAUGGCGUCGUUGGCCGCUGGACCUUCGACAACAUCAAGGAUUUAUAAUGGUGUGGUUAAGUUACUGCAUGCACCCUUUGCCAUGGAUAAGGCUUAUAAAUAAUAUCGGUGCUCUGCUUUAUGUUUUCGUAGCAAUAAUCAUUUAAAGGUUCCCGUUGUAUGUGGACUUGUAAUAUUCUUGGUUUGAUAUGAUAAAUUGCGUAACAA